AUGGGAAACGUAUUCUCGUGCCGCGCUGCUGUAUGGAAACACGCCAAGAAAGCCGAUACUCCACCUUACAUUAUAGACGUCGUUCAGUCUGUCGGUAUCACGCGUGUGCAGAUAACAAAGAAUGAGACAUCGAGUAAAUGUGGUGAGAUGGCCGUUGAAGAGAUUGCUCGUGAGAAACUUACCGCCUCAGCGGAUAAGCCUGAUGGAAGUGAAAUCGGCUUGAGCAGGUCGUCACAGUGUCCCGUACAUAGCCACCGGUCCAGAUCUACGCAUGCAGUCACAACAUCGGUGUUUGAAAACCUCACUCCUUCAGUUAAAAGCUGGGAGGAGGUGCCUGGGCCGAAACCGUUGCCAUUACUCGGGAAUACUUGGCGAUUUAUUCCUCAUAUUGGUGGUUAUUCAGUGGAACAUGUAGACAAAGUCUGUAUGUCUCUACGAAGGGAAUAUGGAAAGUGUGUCAAAAUAGCUGGACUGCUGGGGAGGCCAGAUAUGCUAUUUGUCUUCGACGCUGGUGAAGUAGAAAGGGUCUUUCGGAGUGAGGAUGCAGCACCACACAGACCGUCAAUGCCAUCGCUUAAUUAUUAUAAACACACAUUGAGAAAGGAUUUUUUCGGCGCCGAAAAAGAUUGCGCUGGAGUUAUUGCUGUCCAUGGCGAUUCGUGGUCCGCGUUUCGUACUAAAGUUUCCCGAGUGGCGCUCAGUGCAGGCGCUGCGGCCCAGUACACUGAGCAAGUUGCUGAUGUUGCAGACUGUUUCAUUAAAAGAAUUCAGGAAAUACGCGAUGAAAACUUGGAGACUCCUGACGAUUUCCUCAACGAAAUACACAAAUGGUCACUAGAAUCUCUUGGUCUAAUAGCCCUGGACACCCGGCUCGGUUGCUUCCAAUCUCAUGAGGGAUCAGAUAGCCAACGGCUUAUAAAUGCUGUCCACACGUUCUUCCUGUGCGUUGGAGAGUUGGAACUGCGUACUCCCUGGUGGAGGAUAUACCCGACGGCUAUGUUUAAGAGAUAUGUCGCGGCGCUAGAUACGAUACUUAGUGUUACCCUGAGUCACGUAGAGAGGGCUCUAGACAAAUGUGAUAAUAGUAAUAAGUCAUUAUUACAAGAUUUAGUAAGUGCGGCUGGUACGAGAGUGGCGGCCGUAACUUCACUUGACAUGUUUCUUGUAGGAAUAGACACAACUUCAAAUGCGGUAGCAUCCACAUUGUACCAAUUGUCAUCGCGACCAGAAGUACAAGAGCGACUCUAUGAUGAAAUAUCCAACGUGUUACAAGGUCGGCAAUUGAAGCCAGGUGAUGUUAACCAGAUGCCGUACUUAAAGGCAUGUGUUAAGGAGGUCUUAAGAUUAUAUCCAGUUGUGAUUGGAAACGGUAGACAGUUGACCAAAGAUACUGUAAUUUGUGGAUACAAAAUACCAAAGGGCACCCAAGUCAUAUUCCAACACUACGUAAUGGGCAACAGCGACGAGUACUUUGCGGAAGCGCAGCAAUUUCUCCCCGAACGCUGGCUGCAAAAGUCUUCAUACAAACAUCCGUUCGCGUCGUUGCCUUUCGGUUUUGGCAGGCGCAUGUGUUUAGGAAGAAGAUUCGCGGAACUCGAAAUGCAUAUUAUGAUUUGCAAGAUUGUACAAAACUUCAAAAUGGAGUAUCAUCACGAACCGUUGGACUACCACAUCCAUCCGAUGUACACUCCAAAUGGGCCUCUCAAAAUUAAAUUUAUCGAACGAUAA